AGAGACGGUAAUUGGCACUUCUCAGAGGGGACAUGUACACUGAUGAUCAAUGUGCCACCUGUCCAUCAAUGCCAGCUGUUAGUGCUCAUCAAUGCCACCUGCCAGUGCCCAUCAGUGCCACAUCAAUGCCACAUAUCAGUGCCCAUCUGAGCUGCCUUUCAGUGUCACCUAUCAGUGCCAGUCAGUGCCACCUAUCAGUGCUGCCAGUCAGUGCCACCUAUCAAUGCCAGUCAGUGCCGCCUAUUAGUGCCCAUCAGUACUGCCUAUCAGUGCCGCCUAACAGUGCCAGUCAGUGCCACCUAUCAGUUCCACCUAUCAGUGCCAUCUAUCAGUGCUGCCUUUCAGUGCCCAUCUGUGAUGCCUGU